AUGUUAUUGGGCUGGAUUGCCGCAGCCUCCGAAACCUGUCGCCGCGACAAGUGGAUGCCGUCACGACAAAGUGCGUGUCACGAGCGCAACGGCCUUAGCCAGGGCCGCCCAACCUCAGGCAGACGCCGCCGUGCGCCGCCAUGGGAAAAUCAGGCUUCGCCGCCCCCUCCGCGCGCCCAUUGGUCGCCCCGGCCCGCCCCGCGCCCCACCCGCGCCCAUAAAUACGACGUCGCACCGUGCAUCUCUUCAUUCCUCACCGGCUACUCGUGUAGAACGCGUAACGCGCCGCGAAAUCCGUACGUUUCCUACCAGUGUUCGUGUUUAGUGACCAUCACGAUGAAAGCAAUAACUGCUGUGUGCGCGACCGGAGCGUCCGUGCCGGCGAUCGCCAGCGGACGAGUCCAGAGGCAUCGGGACGGCGAAAACGCUGAAAUCCAGAUGUACCUUUCCAAAUUACAAGACCUGGUUCCAUUCAUGCCAAAGAACAGGCGGAUCUCGAAGCUGGAGGUCAUCCAGCACGUGAUCGACUACAUCUGCGACCUACAAUCAGCUUUGGAGAAUCAUCCUGCCGUGGGCCAGUUCGAGGCCGAGGCGGCGUUGGCGCCUGCGUGCGCCUCACCCCCCAGGCCGCGCCGCCGACCGCUCGGACCCCGGCCCGCGCCCAACACCAUCCUCCCCGCUGACAAGGCUGUCCCCUCAUCACACCACUCUAGCCACACGACUCCAGAAAAACAAGAUCAACCGGACAGGCCGAUGUCGUGUUAAGUGAUAAAUAUAGUUUGUAAGGACAUUUUUAUUAAUGGUGAACUUCAAUACCUCGAGGUGCAAGGGAAGCGCUCCGCGGGAGAAGUACGGCAGCAGUACCUCAGAUAAGGAGCCUCCUGCAUCAGUUCCAGUGAACUUCAUCUCACGAUGAUAUCCUAAGUACGAUCUCGUUAAGAUCAAUGUAAUACGUUAAUUUAAUUAUUUCGUGGCAUUACGUGCAGAAGACUUGAGCAUUGCAAUGCAAUCGGCCGCCUCGGUUGUCCACCGACGACGGUGGGGCGCCAAGGCGGUGUGUUUUGUUAUAAUGUUAAUGUAAAAAGCUUUAUUAGUUGUUAAUGUAGGUUGGUGUACGUGAACGUGUUUGUAAAUAAUAAUGUUGAGUGGUUUGCGACAUCUAGACAAUUUUCGGUAUUUUCUUCAAAAAAUAACUACACGGUACUUUUCUCAUAUCAUACAAUAAAUAGUAUGCAAUAAAUGUUUCCUUCGAUCCCUCAAUUUUUCACAAAGACAAAUGUUUCUUUAAUUAGGUAUUUUUUAGUUUUAAAACGAUGCUUCCAUUUAUAUCAAAGACGUAAAUCAAUUCAAAGUUGAUUUACCUAUAUAAUUAUAUUAUUUUAAGUUAAAAUUUUUGAGUGUGAUUAUGCAUGGCGAUUUUGUUGCUCUUAUAGAUUAUGAAAAUAUAAGUUCUAAACGCAAAAUUUCUUUUAUUAAUUUAUCGUUCUGCGUUUAGUACAAAUAAUUGUAAAUACCUAGUUUAUGUAAUAAUAUUGAAAAUUAUAUAAAAAUCUAGCAAAAAAUUAUCAAAUUUAAAACCUUUUAUGAUUUUAUAUUGAAUUUAAGGUGAAAAUGCUUUAAUUAUCUUAUAUAACCCUUAUUAAUUAUGGUGUAUUAUGAUUUUAAACGACUGUUAUAGUUUUAGUUAUUUUCGGGUUGCGUUGUAAAUGGUGACAAAUUGUAUUGUUAAUAGAAUAUGACGUACAUAAUAUAUGUGUUGGGAAUGGGGUAAAGCCGAUUCACAUUAUGGAAAUUGCGAUAUUUAUGUAUAAAGAAAUCGUGACCACUCUGUGUUUCUCCUAACAAAGAUGAGAACGUAGGUAUCUUUGGUUGCAAUGGCUUCAAAGUCUGCUCUUUUAAAUAGCUACUACAAUUUCCAUAAUGGAUCGUCUUCUCCCUAAUUACCAAUUUUUGACCACACCUUACAACUAGUAUUCAAUCCUCGUCACAAAAUAUUAGACGACUGAUUCAAAAGUUUUUGAACUAUCUUUCAAUUUUUAUAUUACUUCAAAUUUGCACUGAUUUAUGUAUAAUGAAAACAACAGAAAAUAAAAAGCAUUAUUGAAUUA